UAAAUUUUUCCCCGUGCCAAUCAAACAAGAGUGGAGAGGGAUCAGUGCUUUCGAUAGAGUCGAGAAGAUAUCUUGCCACAAUUGAAUUUAACAAAGUGGGCAUCGGCCAGGCGGAAAGUGCAAAUAUCCAAAUUUGACUUAAAAAGCUUCAGGAAUCUUCUCCGAGAGGUUAAAUAAUAUGGCUUUUUCAACUCUACUGGCCGCCUUAACCUUAGCCAACGCCAGCCUUAUUGAACCAUUGCGCCAGGGCACCGGACCAUUAGGUGGACGGCUAAUCGCAGAUGUUCCCGAUUCAGAGGAGAUAAUUCUGAAAGUUUCACCGCAUUUUACAGGGGAAAUACAAAUUUCCAUACCUACAAGUUCAAAUGUGAACCAACUUAAUCAAGAAGAGACGGAAUUAAAAAGGCUCUACGAUGCAUUGCAAUCCAAAAUUAAUAAUGUCAGGGGAAGUGGUGGUGGAACCAUCGUUAUAAAUAUAAAUUCAAACUCCUACAAGGAUGGUUUGGACACUGUCAGACAAUCUUCAACAACUGAGGGCUACAAUUCUCCAGUAAAGCCUCCACAAGAUAGACUCGUUCCCAUUGUAACACAAAAAACCACUGUGGCAACGACCACAGUAGAGAUUACUACUGAAAAGGUCGCCAGCACAACUUCUGCUGCACAAAUAAUUCCGUCGGAAGUAAGGAUGCAAAUUAAAUUAGCGGAAAGUAAGAUACGAUUGAAUCCAAGCGGUGCCACUGAAGCGGGGAAGAUAAUCCUUAGUCUGCCGAAUCACGAGGAAUAUGCAAAGAUGGUCAUAAGUGAAGUGAUUGACGAGCAACUGGAGCGUCGACAAGUUCCCCAUCUUUUGAUUUUUGCGUCUGCUGCAAAGUCGACACAAGUGUAUCGACACAUCUUUGAGUUGAUGAAAACGAAAGGUCAGUUCAAUAAAUAUCCCGAGGACAUAUUCUAUAUCAUCAUAGGGGUGCAAGGCUUUAUCGAUAGUGGCAACUUUUUCGAACCAUCGGCUACAAAGCAAAACGAAAUGUUAUCACUCUUAAUCGAUUUGAACGUUGCGAAGGAGCUUGUUGUGCGCGAGGCCGUGUCAGAAGUUUCCUUCUCAUCUCGGCCAAGCCUCAAGACGAGGCGAUUUGCAACACUGAUGGCGGUGCUUAGAAGCUUCAAUCGUUUCCUCCCUGAAAUAUUCUCUUACUACCUGCCAUACGUGCAGAACGAAACUUCCAGCGUGGCCAAAUAUGUCGAGUACUUCUUGCGUGGCGAGGAAAUAUACUGCAACCAAAUUCAACUAGCUUACGACCAGCUCAUCAAUUACAGCAACCAAACCUUGACUCCUUGUCAGACCCUGCAGUUUUAUCUGUCCAGCUUGAUCCGUUUGCCCAUUCUCAAAGAAGCGAUUCCGGAAAAUGUUUACACUAUGCAGUGCAGUCCUUGGUUCAAGAAAAUUAAUGCUGCUUAUCGUCGACUGCAGAGACAGAGCGAAGAAGUAGCAGACACAGAGUUUCAGAAUCAACUGACAGAGUGCACCAGAAACAUGUUGCUGGACAUUCUCGAAUCGAACUCAUUUUCUCCUCGGUCAGGCCAGUUUGAGGAAAUUACGCGUUUCGCCAUCAAAGUUACCGUGACUGGACAAUACGUAAAACAAGGCUUCGCCGCAACAUCGCAGCUGACCGGCUUCAACCACUGUAGGACUCAAAACGAACUUUGGUCGUACCUCCGAGAAAGAAAUAUGUCACAUUUGCCUUCCACGGGUAUCAUUCUCUCGCAGGUGUCUCAGUUUCUGAAAACGGCGGAAAAUGCCCAAGAGGUCGUUGAUGACCAGCAAAUGUGCGAGAAGAUAAUCCAAGAGGCUCCGAAGUGGGCUCAAAACUUCACUCUGGCUGACACUUCAAGCUGCAGGUUGAUCAAUCGUUUGAGCGGUGAGGCCCUCAGAGUUCUGCCAGAUGUGUUGGUUGACGACGGAUUGUCCGCCGUGACCUCGGUUGGCCAAGGAUCUUCAAACGAUGACCUUUGGAGCAUCAGGCACAAUGAUUUGGGCAGAGCAAUCUUGCAGAGCGGUGACCGUUUCUUGUUUUUCUCCCUCAAGUUGAAUCAAACGGUGGCCAGUGCUGAGGCUCAUUCAAAUUCUUUCCAGGAUAGUUGGUACUACGAGGCAAACCCUUCAGAAGACGGAUAUUACAAAUUUUUUGUCUUUGCCCGCGGCUUACAGUAUUUGAUUAGUGAUGCAAAGGAGAAUUGCGCCCAAACAGGAUUGUGCAGCGAUAGUGAGAAAGAGCAACUCAGGCUAUGGAAAUUGGAUUGCCUUCCCCCUUGCAUGGCUGAGAGAAAAUAAAGGUGCGUGUCCGAAACCUAAGGGAUUUCUUGCAAUUGAGCGAUGAUCCUUCGCAGGAAAAAAGACUCUUUUCUUGAUGUCAUGAUUCUACACUCACGAUAUUACGAAAAUAAAUACUUUUGUUGUA